AUGGCGGCGGCGCGGCGAGCAGGACGGCAACGGCGCGGUGGACAAGACGACAUCGGCGGGGGCGGGACGGCAACGGCGCGGCGGACAGGACGACGGAAUGCCGGGAUCCGGCGCUCCGGCCUCCCCCAGCGGCGGACGCGGCGGGGACCUGCGGCAGGGAGCUCGCGGCGGGUGGCGGGGGCGGCCUGCGCGGCGAGCGGCCCAGGCGGCGAGGGCGACCUGCGCCGCGAGCGGGGCCGCAGCCUGCGCGGUGGCGGGGCGUCGAGCUCGGCAGCAGGCGGGCGACGGCCAAGGACCGCGGCUCAGCUCGAGCUCGGCGGCGGCGACUAUGGCCCGCCUCUGCUGCCGAAUCAAAUCGCGCCACCGCCCCCGAACCCCGGCGGCCCUUCCCGUGCCGGCCUUCCUCGUCCUCGGCGCCGGUCCUCGUACUCCCUGUCGGCCCUCCCCGCGCUGCGGCGUGGACCGCGCGCGUGA